AUGACCUCCAGGCCACCUCUGGGCGUCCCGUCGCGACAACCUCAGCGGGCCCUCGUCUCGACUUCCGCCCAGCAUCCCUCGCAUCAGCAGCGCUCCCUCCCGCCGCCAUAUCUCUCCACCUCUACCCCGCCCGCGCGAAAGGACAGCCAACCGAAUGCUGAUGUGACCAGGGACGCCGUCGAUCUCGUCCAAGGUCGCCGUGUCUCGACACCUCGCCAUGGCGCCUCCAAGCUGCGCCUCGAGCUCUCGAGCGAGCUGGACCUUGGCUCUGCUCCUUCCGUCACCCAGUCUCCUCGGCCGCUGACGCCCUCGCGCGGGGAACCCAUGGCUGAGCCGACGGAUUCUGACAACGCGAGUUCUGCUCCCUCCGACGACUCCGACGACGUCGACUCGCCCGUACCCAUGCCGAAGCGUCGAGUGCAAGCCUCUCACCAGCCCCGGUCGGUGCCCCGUGUCUCGAGUGCCUCCGCACCCGCCCAGGCCAAGCGAGAGGUUCGGCCGAAACCGUACACGGUCGAGGUGCCCACCAACGCACCGCGCUUCCCUGCCACCGGCAAGGCCGACGACGGCUCCGACGUCGACCCCUUCUGCAAAGGCCUCUUCUCCGGCCAGGCAGACUUCUUUCCUUGGUCCGGCAACCACCACGAGGAUCUCUGGGCCCCCGAGGCGAUCCAGAAGGGAACCUGGGACCGAGGCUACGCCAACGAGUCCGCCUCGGCCCGCCUCGCCCUCAUCCCUGCGCUGAAGCAGAAGAGCAGCAUGAAUGCGCUGUCGAGCAUCUUCAUGGGCAUCCUGAGCCAGCGCAGGUUCGGAGGUCAGAUAACGGCGCCCUCCACCUUCAAGCCGCCGCCUCGCGUCACCCUGACGGACACGAAACGAGAGAUGUGGCUCAAGGAUCUGGCGAACCCCACCAUCUCCCUCCGACGCCUGAGCCGGACCAUCCCCCACGGCAUCCGCGGAAGGACCCUUCUCGACCAGUGCCUGAACAAGAACGUGCCGACCGAGCGUGCCGUCUGGCUCGCCAAGUGCGUCGGUGCCAACGAGAUUCGAGCCUUCAAGCGCAAGGGUGCCGGCGGAGCCUUCAUCAUGGGUGGCGAGUCGAAAUGGGUCCGAGAUUGGACCAUGUUCGUCGAGCAGUUCCUCGAAGCCGUCGUCUCCUCCUUCAGCGAGACGAAUUGGAAAAGCCGAGUGACCUACGCAAUUCGCCUCGCCACGACUCUCUACUCGGCCCACCUGUUGGACAGAGACCACUACCUCGAUUGGAUCCUGUCAGGUUUGGAGAACAGCGUCAACUCGAGAAUCCCCAUGUGGAUAUUGAUAGCCCAGAUCACCUGGGCCGAUCUUGUUCGAACGCGAAAGCACAGCCGCCGGCUGGCCUUUGCUUUCCUCGGCCACUUGCGCACCGUAGGUCGACCUUGCGAGAAGCAAACCCUGGCGAAGCCGGAACAUGCUGACGUGGAGGUGAAGAUCGAAAAUGACGUCGACGGCGACAUAUUGGUACAGCUGUCGGUGCAGUUGUCGGCCCUGCUGCGAAGGCUCCUCAAGCACAACCCGGAAUCCUUCAUAGCCCCGACCAAGUGGCUCCAGUAUCGAGACGCCCUCAAGGCCUCCUUCUCCGCCGCCGAUGCCCCGUCCCAGAGGGCCUUCCUCGCCAUCAACCGCAGGAAUAUGCGACUGCUCGUUGCCACGACCACGUCUCCCCCGGCAGGGCGGCAGUACCUCGUCAAGCUCCUCGACUCGACCGUUCUGGGCCAACAUGACGACACCCUGGCCGCCAAGUGCUGGUCCACCAUGGACGACAAGUGGGAGAUUGUGAAGACUCUCGUCGAGUGGGCCACCUCCCUUUAUCGACCAGGUGUGACCAAGGCAUACGUCGCCGCGAGGCUUAUCAAAUCCUGGACGAGACUUGACACCAGCGUCAACGCCACCCCCGUGCUCCUCGACGUCGUCGGCAGCGUACUGCCGGGGCAAAGGCUGCAGAGCAAGGUCAUCUUUCACCUCGUCGCCGAGCUUGUGCGCCAAGGGCUCUUCUCCGUCCCUCACUACGUUCAGUGGCUCAUCGGCAGAGGCGGUCUGCACGACGCCGCCGACGUGGACCCGGACGACGCUCCUUGCGCGUCGAGACUCCUUGUCGAGCUGCCUCUCCACUGCCUCCCGGAGAACCAGCUGGUGCAGAGAAGCAACCUCCUCCGGCGUGCGGGCCAGUAUUCGACGGUGGACGAAUCCCAAGACAUCAGAAACGCCCUCGGCUGUGUCGACGACACCCUGGGCCUGUCUCCGUAUCUCGGCGGUACCGAUGCGCAGCCGAAGCGCUUCCCGCUGCGAAAGCUGCUGCGACGCGUCUUGAGCAGCAGCAAGGCGGUCCAGACGGCCAUUGGCGCCCACCUGCGCGACGUCUUGACACCGGACCUCGUUGCCAAGCUUGACUCGGCCUCCGCCCUCUCCGUCUUCGGCUCGGUCCGCACCCUCACGGAGGCGACGGAAGAUUUCUCAAUGCUCUCCCAUAUCCUCGACGUCUUCACCGGCACCGCCCACGUCGACGUCCUCGCCGCCUGCGCCGACACCGUCAGUUUCCACCUCGAUAUAUUCCUGGCCCUGGACUGCGCCGACAACCUUUUCGACGCCCUCCUGCGCCAGCUCAGAUCCGCCCACCGCGAGCACGGGUCCGUUCCCCGGCCCCUGCUGGUAGCACUGUCAUGCCUGUCGCAUAGGAUGCCUCGGCGCGAGGAGCUAACCAAGCAGCUCGAGCGGGAGCUUGCCCAGAGCGACAGAAGCAACGCCAUCGAUGCGUGCUCACCCUUGUCCGACAACAUGACGAUGCAAACGCAGAGCACUGACGGCGAGGUGUCGGAACAGAUCGACAAGCUGCUCGCUAGCGGCAACACGAUCGAUCACCCGACAAUGAAUCGCCUGUUUCGACACAUCGUCCCGAAGUUGGAGCUGGGCUGGACCAAAGCAGAUGAGAACCGCAAGGUCUUUGCCCGACUGCUCGCGAGACUGCGGAUAUUUGACUCGCAACAUUUCGACAGGCUCAUGGCUGACUGGAUAAGUCAUAUCCGCACCGUCAAGACUCGACCGAAACUUUCCGAGCUGUAUCCGCUCCUCGUCAGCCUCGGGUGCCUUUCUAUGUCUAUCAUGAUCCGCACGGCAAACGCUGGGCCGGCGACAGUGGGGGACGCGCCUCUCGAUCCGGGAGCGUCACCAACCGGAGCCGAAGUAUAUCUGCAAGAGACUCUGCACCUAAUCGUCGUUCCUCUUGCCAAGUCCACCUACCUCGACGAUGGCGAGACGUACCGGUACCAGAUCCAGCAAAAGUCGUCGCUAUCGGAGCCGCAGUCCAAGGCGCUGGUGCAUUUGAUACGCAAUGCGUUGGUCGAGUAUGCCGCAUUGCGGCGCCGUGCUCCGGCCUACACUUUCCUGCUCGAUGAAGUGUCGCUGCAGGACCAACUCCUCGAAACGCUUCAAUACCUCGUCAUUGCCGACUCGACUGCCGUCGCCCACGCUCUGAACGUCGGCGCCCUUCCCUCCAACGCGAUGGUCCUUGUCCACAAGAUCAUCACCAAGCUUCUGGCGCCCGGCGAUGAUGGGACGCAGGAGAUAUCAUUUGACCAGAUCCUCGGCCUCGCGAACGAACUAACGAUGCCAUUCUGCCAGCUCAAACUCAACCUGGACCUGUCGGCUCCGUUGCCAACGGCACCCGGCCAGGUCAGCCAAGAGGAGAAGGGGUCCCGAUUUGAAUCGUUCACCAAGGCAAUGGACAACGCCAUUGAGGCCAGGAGCAUCAUGUGGACGAGCUUGUUGCCCUGUCUCGGCCAUGACAUUGCUCGCAAUCUCAGCAGCCAAGCGCAUUUGAGAUUCUUGGCCCUCAUACCGUCGCUGAAGUCCAACACUUUUGAACAAGACGCCACGAGCGAGCACCGUGCCCAUCUUUCCAAGAACCUCUUGGGUGUCAUCGAGACCAUCAUCUCCGGACGACCGGCGCCCCGAUCCGCCCAGCUCACGGCUAGCUUGGUAGGAAAGCUGUCGGAUCUGUGGGCCAUCGUCUCGUGCCGGGACGAGCAGUGGCAGCAGGCUCGCCAGAAAGUCGUCGAGCACUGGCUGCCGGCGUUUCUGAGGUUCAUAACCCUGCACAGCGUCUCGGCGCCCAUGCCGUCGCCGAAUCUGAGCCAAGUGGCAAGUCGAUUACCGAUGCCGUCGAAGCAUGAAGCCAGGGCCCGCAUCAUCCUCAUCUUAUGCGGCAUUCUUCUUGAGCUCGACUCUCACCCGCAGACGGCCAGGGGCCCGCUGUCCCAGGAGGUUUUCGACAUGGCGAUCUACCUCGUCGACAGUCUCCCGGACGACAUCCGAAUCCAAUGCGCCCGCACCAUCCUCCACAAGCCCGGUGGCUCGUCGAGCACCAGCACCACGUCGGACCCCCGCAUACACUACCUUUUCAGCGUGCCUCGGACGGCACCGAUGGAGAACCUCAGGCUUGUACACCGCGAAAAGGCGACUAGUGCUUUCUGCGCCAUGGCGAGGGGCAUGGGUGCCAUGUUCGGCAUCGGCCCAGUUGUGCAGGAACGCAUCACUCCGUUUACCCUUCGGCGCUGGGAGAUUCUGAGCGAACCGACGCCCAACAUCGGGGAAAACGAUACGAGUCUAAGCCUUGGCCUCUUCGCGACCAUCAAGAUGCGCUGA